AAACUUUUUUAAUUUAAUAUCUUAGUUUGAAAAAUGACAAAUUAAUUAACAACUUUAUAGAAAUUAGUUUUUUACCCUAAAAUACUUUGGAUGAUAUUCUGAAAAGUCUACCUAGUUGCGCCAAACGAAAUAAAUGUUUCGCUUUUUAACUUUAAAUUAAUUUAUCACAGCUCUUUUUCGAAAAAGUGAACAGCUGGGAUUCUCUCAGUGGAAUAAUUUUCCUGGAAGCCAAAUGUGAGAUAUAAAGAGACGAACAGAUUGUGAAUGUUAUCAAGCGAGUCCCGCAUCAAGCGGUAAAAUAUUUAACUUGGUUUAUCUCUACAGCCGUCUGUGCUACUGUGUACAAUGGAAGUACAACAUGGUCUGCAAAAUUACGCAUUUAUACUUUUUUAAAAUUACUUUCUUCUAUGCGUAACUAGAUAUAUUUUACAUACGAUCAGUGAAUAUUCCCUCUAUCAUUCCCGUUUUUAAUCUAUUUUUUUAUUUUUCUCUCGUCUCUCUCUAUCUCUCUCUCCCUGUUAUGAACUCACGUCAAAAAAUCGGAAGUCACAAGUAUUGUAGUACAGUUCCGCAACGUACGCGAAAAUCGAGAUCAAUAACUUCGCGGCGACGAGAAUUGCGUCUAAACUGUCCCUCACUUUUGCGGUCGAUGGCGCCUCUCUAAACAUCGCAUAUAUAUCUCCAGCAAACAGGAACGUUAUCACCAUCGCCAGGUAUUAUGUUCGCUUACGAGGGAUACCAGCGAGCGAUACGCAGAAGGAACGAGUUAUAUAUAUCUAUACAUAUAUCUACACAACCACACACACACAGAGGCACACAACACACACGUAUAUUUAUAGACAAAAAGAGAGGAACGAGCAGGUAGACGCGAGCAAGUGCAAAGGUGAGAAAGAGGUAGAGAAGUGGAUAGCGGUCGGACAUACACAGAAGAGAAAGAGAGAGAGAGAAAAGGACAGAGAGAGAGAGACAGGCGAACGGCUUUACAAACCUGCAUUCCUUCUACUCCGCUUUUUCAAACGCGUACAAGCCGCCGCCGCCGGCCGCUGCAUCGAGCGACCGACCGGCGGCCGCGGUGCAUUCAAGUUCGACGCGAGCCGCUUACACGCGCGCGGCUCAAUGAAAUCGCGAUCGUGACAAGGUGUAUUCCCUCGCGCGAGUGUGAAAAGGAAAAAAAAAAUGGAAUCCACGAAACUGGGGGAGGAUGGCGCGAGCAUACGCAUAGCAUGGAGCUUUCGAUUCCCAUCUAUGGGUACUCUGCAGAACCUAGGUACCAACAGCCGACGACGCAAGCGGAAUGGCCUCGCCACGUCGGAAUCGUCUAAGGAUCUUCGGCAGAAGAGACACACGAUACACCUGCAGCCGGAAGUGAUCAUUCAGAAGGAGCCGUGCCUGAUCGUGACUCCGCCGUCACCCGAGGAUCACGAGGAUAACGAAGGGACGCCGGAGGAAGACAGCGACGCAAGGGUGAACCGCCGCGAGUAUCCUCCAAGCGAGCGGGAGUCACCCCCGACGAAGGCACCCGAAAACAGUAACAACCUGUCCCCGCCGAUGGAGCCACCUGAGGAGACCACUCGCAAACUCUUGGAAAGAGAAUUACGCCUUCUCGAUCCUCGGGAUCUACGAUCGCACGCCUGGUACCAUGGCAGUACAUUGCGCGGUGGUCGGAAAGGUGCGGAGGCGGAAGUGCCGAAUGAUGGGGACUUCUUGGUGCGUGAUUGCGCCUCCCAACCCGGCAAUUAUGUCUUAACUGUACGAUGGAAAGGUCAACCGUUACAUUUCGUCAUCAAUCGAGUCAUAAUUCAACCUGAUACUGUUUACGAAAGGGCUCAGUAUCAAUUCGAAGACGAAGCCUUCGAUACCGUCGCCGACCUGAUAACCUUCUACGUUGGUAGCGGUCGACCGAUUAGCCAAGCCAGCGGGGCUCGAAUAGUUACUCCAAAGCCCAGAUCGGUGCCAUUAACAUGCGUCCCAGGGCCCACGAGUAAUCAGCAUUGCUCUAGUCCUUCCUCCACCUCUCUGUCGACCGGGUCACCCCCUCGUCUACCAAGAAAACAGCAACGCAGCCACUCUCUGACCGCUCAGCAUCAUGUGCCAGACCAGCAUGUCGCUCGGGACAACAAUCAACAAACGGGACAACAGUUACCAAUCCAAUCUAGCACUCUACCGCGUGUACCGCCAAUUCAAAACCAGCCGCCCUCUUGUUCCCUAUCGCUGGGUCGUCAAAAAAUCACCCGGGUGAUAUCGGAUCCAGCGUUACAGCAACAACAGCAACAGCCAUUGAGUCUGAAUCUUCAAAACGCUCUGAGUACGGCGCCCCCCAAGCCUCCCAGAGUACCUUACGUGCCGAAUCAUCAACAUCACCAUCAUCACUAUCAUCAUCAUCACCACCAUCAUCAUCAGAGCUAUCAGGCCUCCGGCAGCGACAGCGGUAACGGAUCUGGAGACAGCGAAUUCGAGACCAAUAAUUCUGGUGGUGCUAGCAAUCCCUCGGCGCCAAUCAAGGGAGUGGUGAUACGCAGCCAUUAUAACACCAGUAACGACGGUAUCAAUGGCAAUGGCAAUAGCGAAUACGAAUUAACGGCAGAGGAACAAUUAGUAGUAGCUGCACCGUCUCUAGAAAUCACAACGAUGCUCGAUAUCGAAGGUUUUACAACACUGCUGUUACCAGCCGGCGAACACAAGCCUCUAGACCCAACAGCCCUGAGAGGAGUCUCGGGAAUGUUACUGGAUUCGGCACCAAGAGUGCUCGCCUCUCAUCUCACGAAGCUCGAUCUUGAAGUGGCGCUACAACCUGGACCGGGAAAUAGAAGCGGAUUAAGCGGCAUCGAAUUGGCGACUCUUCCCCACGGUAGACAAGCUAGAUUAGAUCUCAUUGAAAGAUCCGAAUGUCUGAAACUGUUGGUGGCGGUCACCGUGCUGGCUGGCGCUACAGCUAUAGAGAGAGCGGCUACCAUCAGCAAAUGGAUCAAAGUGGCAAUUGACACUAAAACCGCGCUCGGCAAUCUUUACGGUUUUUGCGGCGUAAUGCUCGGCUUAUGCUUGCCGCAAAUUCAAAGACUGGCCAAUACGUGGCAUCUGCUACGACAAAAACACACGGACGAAGCUUUCAGCUUCGAAGCGAAACUAAGGCCUACUCUACGAGCCAUGAAUGAGUGCACCAAUCCGCAGGCGCCUAACACAACACUACCACAUUUGCUACCAAUCGCGUUGCUUGGAGAACGUGGUCCCGAAGAUGUUUUAGGCACCGUAGCACCCUUUGGGCUCACGGCGGCGGUUCUUUCACCGUGGGAGAACUCUGCAUCCGACUGCGGCCUAUCGAUCGUCUGGUCGCAUCUCGAAGCGGCUCGCAAGCUGGCCGACAGCUUACCGCUUUUUCGUAGGAACGCGGAGAUCGCCCUGGACGGAUGCAGGAGCGACGAAUUGUUAUCGGACGCCUUUCGCACCGAGUUUCACAUCAAAUUCUUGUGGGGUAGCCGCGGUGCUACUGUCGCUCCGGAAGAACGUCACUUGAAGUUCAUCCAAGUCUUGGACGCGAUGUACGACAAAUGCGCGACGAGCGAAGUGACCGCUUAAAAACACGACCAAAGGAUCUCAAAGAUCUGAAUGGGGAGAGUCUGAAGGGUCUCUCUAUGAAAGCUCAUUCCUAUUUCUCGAAGUACUCGGUGAACGUCACCGUGGGUUCUUUUAGAUUUUUAUAGAAUGCGUCAGCUAACACGAUAACGAGAAAUUAAUACUUCCGCUGCGCAUAAUUAAAGUGGCAUCACCUUAUUGCUACUGUAAUCUCGAAUCGUAGAGCAUACCCCCGAAGUAUCGAAUGUUCUUCCACCUAAAUCCAACGCUUGUUCCGAAUCGUGUAAGCAACAGCACCCAAAGAAUCGAUCAAGAGGCUCGAUUAAAGCCUACCCUAUAUCGUCAACCGUACUUAACUUUAAUUAAUAAUGUAGUUCUAUAAUGUUAUGUUGUAAGUGUUGUUCAUAUUUGUUUCAUACUUAAUAUACAAAUUAAAAAGUA